AUCACAACUCAUACUGUUUUGCACGAGGGUAUGAUAAAUAAUUUAAGGUUAUUGUCGCUUCCAAAUUCUUAAAUUCGUGUAAAAACACUAGUUCUGAGAGUUAAUUACAUUAAUUACUCGUCGUGUCAUAAAUACCCAUUAUUUCACGUACAUUAAUUACCUGUGUGUAUUAAUCUUACACGGUGUAAGAUACCACUAAUUUGCCACCCCCCAACAGGAGAAAUUAAGAUGAUGGUCUCUGUAGACAACAGUUAUUUGAAAUGGCUACACAAGACAUUUCGUACGUAGCAAGUGGAUUAUACGAUGAUUGCAUUAAUUUAUUAGAUCUGUUCAAAAGUCAGAAUAGUUUGAGUUUUGGAGCAUUUACUAAAGUUUGGAAGGAUUUGAAGUUUCCGCUUAUUUUUGUAUAUCGAAAAACUUUUGCAGAAGUGUUGGAAUUCUGUGAAGAAUCUUUGAACAUAGCAAAACAGUUGAUGUUAUCAGAUAAUGAAUUUAUAGAACAAGUUUUCGGAUUAUAUCUAUUGUAUGGAUUGUAUUAUAAAAUACCGGUUUCAAACAUGAAAAUCAAAGUCACACUGAAAGAAUGGUUUGUAUGUUCGAAUCUCCAUAACCAAAUAAGAGAAUACAAACUGUAUGAUGCAAGUUUUAUUUAUGUCAAAUUAGUAACAGACAAUGCUUUUUAUCAUUGCUUGUUUUCAACAGAGCACGGCUUGGAAAAAAUGUUUAAGUCUCGACAAGAACACCUUGGAGACAACUCCUAUUCAGUUUUACAAUACAUUGUGGAAAACAUUGAAACUGGAGGGUUAGCCAAAGUUGGAGAACUUGGUAAUAGUUAUGAAAAGUACAAAGCAAAGUUAUUGAAUUUUUCAUCUAACAACAGACUUCAUCUGUUUGAAGCAAACUUUCUUAACGAGAUGAUAGUUGAAAUGAAGAAAUUUCAGGGAAAGCAACAUCCAACUGUUGAAUUGAACCAAAAGCUUGAACAAACUAAUGUUUUCAUGAUGACCAAUAAGUCUAAGUACAGUAACAAAAUUAGACCAAAACUAGGCCAUGGCUUUGAUACAGACUCUUCCAAUGAUGAUGAUGAUGAUGAAGAUGAUUAUUAUUAUUAUCAUUAUGAUGACCAUAACGAUGAUGAAUAUGAUGAUGAC